AUGCGCUUCUCAGCCGCGGUGCUUAGCCUUGCCGCUUCGUUGUUUGCCGUCUCUACCAACGGCUCGAUCCUUCCAGUCCCUCGCCAGAGCAAGCCAUGGUCCGCCAAGCAGUUCAGCUCCCUCAUCACCUUCGGUGACAGCUAUACGGACGAGUCGCGCCUCGGGUGGUUCAUCAAUCACAAUGGCUCGGCUCCGGCACCGGGCACACUCCUCCCUGAGUCCUUCGCCACCGCCGGCGGCGGCCGCACCUGGCCUCGCUACGUCGUCCAAUAUACCGGUGCGACCGUGCAGGGGAAAUGGACUCCACAAAUGACGCUCUACAACUACGCUGUCUCUGGCGCAGUGUGCUCGAACAACAUCACGCCGCGGUGGUUCGAAGCCAUCGACGCGCCCUUCCCCGCCGUGCUCGAGUACGAGAUUCCCGCCUUCAUCGCCGACCUGCCCGCCACGAAAGUCAAUUCCACGCCCGCCGUGCCGCUGUACAAUCCCAAACCCACAGCUCAGGACGCGGUCUAUGCCCUCUGGAUCGGCACCAACGACCUCGGCGUCUGGGCCUUCCUGACCGACAGCCAGAUCGCGGGCAAAGUCCUCGCCGACUACACGUCCUGCGUAUACCAGGUUUUCGACAAGCUGUACGCUAGCGGCGGACGGCACUUCGUGCUCAUGAACACCGCACCCUUAGACCUAGCGCCCUUGUACGCAAACGACAGCUACCACGGCGUCGGCGACAACCAGUACUGGCCUGACAAGCCCACGAACCACACCGCCAUCGCGUACACGAUGCGCCAAUACACGACGAGCGUGAACAACGUGUUCAAAUACCAGACGCCGUAUGAGGUCAAGGUCGCGAACCGGUACCCCAGCGCGCAUUUCGCGCUGUUCGAUACCCACACGCUGAUCACGGACAUCUACAACAACCCCGCGAAAUAUCUCAACGGGACGGGCGUGGCCAAGGAAGGCGAGAGCGUGUGGGGGUUCGAGAACCACUGCAAUGUCAACCAGACGACGUGCGUGAAGCGGGCCAACGGGACGAAUAGUGAUGGGUAUCUGUGGUUCGACGAAUUGCAUCCUAGUGAGCAAACGGAUCGAAACAUCGCAAUGGAGUUCGUCAAGGUCUUGAACGGAACAUCGAAAUAUGCGACGUAUAUCUAG